CGUAAUUAUGGGGCUCCUAUGAGUAGGCUGGAGCCCGGGAGAGAGAGAGAGAAAGAGAGAAGAGAGAGAGAGAGAGAGAGAGAGAGAGAGAGAGAGAGAGAGAGAGAGAGAGAGGCCUAGGGGGGCGACAUCCUACCUUUCCUUGCAUUACUGAAGUUGAGCAAACUUUGAAAGGACGCUGCGCUUUGAGCAUCUGUUCGUCAUCAGGCAAGCGGCCCUUCGCAUGCUCACGUGUGAUUCAGCCAGAGCGAUCAGACUUCAGUUCAUCUCUCUCUCUCUCUCUCUCUCUCUCUCACUUCUUACGAUUCUGAAAGUGCCUAUAAGGCUUGUUUGUUCUAGUUCUUAAAGGUUGAUCACCGCUGUAUGGAUACAUGAGAGGUUUGAUUACAGGGAGAAAAAAACUGACAGAAAGCAUUUGCAGACGUUUGUUUGAGCCCUCCGUGGCUCAUUUGGAUAUGAAAAAAAUAACCAUCCUCUCCAAACAGAACGGCAGGCAUUGUUUUUGACAAGUGAGACUGACACUCUGCAAGAAAGGAUCUACAUUAUUUGUUUUUAGCUUCCGGACCACCAAAUUAUUCGUUUUGCUCUUGCGUCAUGACUUCAAGUUAUGCACACGUAAUGGACAGGCCAACCACGAUAUCAAACCGCCUGGAGAGUCCCAUCACGUCUAACCUGGAUAACUUGCAAGCCAAAAAGAAUUUCUCGGUAAGCCAUCUGUUGGAUCUGGAAGAAGCCGGGGAAAUGGUUGUCAACCAGGCAGACGAGAGCGUCGGGGAAGCUGGGAGAAGUAUGAUGGAAUCCCCGGGACUGACCAGUGGAAGUGACACAAACCAACAGGACAACGAGCAGAUGAACACGGAGGAAAAGAAGAAGAGGAAGCAACGCAGGAACAGAACCACCUUUAACAGCAGCCAGCUCCAGGCUCUUGAGAGAGUGUUUGAGAGAACGCAUUACCCUGAUGCUUUCGUUCGAGAAGACCUGGCUCGUCGGGUCAACCUGACGGAGGCCAGAGUGCAGGUUUGGUUUCAAAAUAGGCGAGCUAAAUUUCGUCGGAAUGAGCGAGCUAUGUUGGCCAGCAAGAAUGCUUCACUCCUGAAAUCCUACUCUGGAGAAGUUACAGCGGUGGAGCAACCAAUUGUCCCACGCCCUGCACCACGCCCAAAUGAUUAUCUUUCCUGGGGUAGCACUGCUCCAUACAGUGCCAUGGCCACCUACCCACCGACUUGCUCCAACACUAACACCUCCCAGGGAAUGAACAUGGCAAACAGCAUUGCCAACCUGCGGCUCAAAGCAAAGGAGUAUAGCUUGAACCAGGUGCCCACAGUCAACUGAAAGGUGAAGUACAGAAAAGCCGUCUAGAUUAGGGGACCUUUGAAAUCACUGGACCCCCACAAACAUCACCUUUGGAAUGAGCUUCAACCGACAUAAACUGGAUCGUAAUGUUUCUGCUUUUUCUUUUUUUUUUCCUUUUUUUUAACUUUAGAGAUUGGGUGUGACAGCAUUUUGCUACGAGAUGCAAAAUGUCGGACACAGAGUGACGCAACACCGUUUCGCUCCAAGACUUUUUAUCUUACAAACCGCUGUUUGUACCAAAGACAUCUAGACUGAUGUUGUAAUCAAAUAUCUGUGUAGUUUUGUUUUUGUGACUAAUAAUGGAAGCUUUUUUCCCCUCUAUGAGUUUUGUACUGUUAUCAAAGACAGAAGGAAUGAGACUCAAACAAUAUGUGGAAUACCCUUGGCCACUUUGGUCGCGGUGGACAAAAUCGCACACCCAAAUCUGGCUCGAUAUGUUUUUUUUCUGUACUUCUUAAGAUCUAUGAAGACUCCAUGUGAAACCUGGGGUUCGUGACACCAUGGUUCCGACUCGAUUUUCAUUUUAUCAUUUUCCUAUCCAUCUUAUACUAAUGACAAACACAUGUUUUCAAGUAAUUUUCAUUGUAAGUAUUCAAGAUACAGGAGAGGCUGUUGUAUUUCCCAAUAGAUCAUUUUGAUGUUCUGUGAUAUCAUUUAUUUGUAUCAGACAAAAAACAUGUAUAUUAAUUAAUAAAAAUGUAUUUCAAGCAAUAAA